AUGACGAAUCUGAUGCAAACUUUUAACGAGCAGGUCUACAUCUCCUCAACGAAGAAGAGGCUCGGACAAACUCCGGUAUCGCACUUGCCACCUUCUGUUGACCCCUACAAAACUACUUUCGGGAUACGAAAUAAACCAGAUGAGUUGGGUGAGCAUGUCGCAGUUACUCAUAAGAGUCCCUAUCAUGAGUGGAGUCGCACUAAGGGUGACUGA